AAGCGGCUAUCAAUCUCCCAGAAGGAGUUCGAACGUGUGCAAUCCAAAGUCAACAAUCUCGAGGCCUUGGUGGACAUCCUUAAAACCGCCUCCUACGAAGAAGCAUUACAACAACUUCAGGAGCUGCGUCGUGACACAACAUCCGCCUCUGACCCUAUCUCGACAUCGAUGGACUUGCCGAUAGGUGUCUCCCUCCAGUCAUACACGGAUUCUGGAAUCCAUAAUCUGGAAGCCAAGUCUUCCUCGUCAAUUAGCUCUACUGACCUGGAAACAUCUUUGUUCGAGUUGGAGUUGUACAGUAUUGAGAAUCUUCCACCUCGAUCUGUCAUCGAGACCUCUAUUGCCGGGUUCUAUAGUAGUCUUUCCUCACUUUUCUAUGUCAUGGAGGAGCGAACCUGCCAGGCGAUGAUUGAGUAUGUAUUCGACGCAGGCUCGCCGAUCUUCAUUGCUGACCUGGGCGAGAUCUGUGGGUUGGCUGCUCUGGGGGGAGGCUAUGUGCCAGAACCGUUACCGCUAGUCAUUCGGGAGAAGUUGAUUCGCACGGCUCGGGUUCAUAAAGACCAGAGCAUCGAAUCACACCCGAUCCGUGGAAUGCGAGCGUUCGCCCUGCAGGCACUCUACAACUUCUCGGAGAAGCGACUGGGUGUCCGCAUGGAUAUCCAGUCAGGCUUAGCGUUGGCAAGAUGGGUUGGCUGUGCGAAUGUGCAUGGUCAAGCCACCGACAAGCUCAGUCCUGUCGAAUAUGCGGAGUAUACACAGCUCUACUGCAGUCUCAUUUGCCUCGAAUCCUGGUUUUCUUCCACUGUUGGUUAUCCCUCCGAACUGACUCGGCACGAGAUAGCCAGUGUUGAUGUCGACUCCUGCGUGACAACCAGAGCAACCAAUUUUCACGCGCAAAUGGCCAGCAUCGGGGUUUUGACUGCUGAUGUGUACCGAGCUAUGUAUGUUGAAGAGCAGCCGAGAUUCAGUGCGGUACAAGAACUUUAUCGUCGCCUCGAUGAAUGGCCCUCGUCCCUUCCGGAGACCAAAAGACUCGGCAACAUGAUCCAUACACGGGAUCCGGAAAACCCGGAGCAGGAAGAUGUUACCCUCCUUUUCGUUCAUAUGCUCUAUCUCUCCAGCAUGAUUCUCGUUCAUAAGCCGCUUCUUGUCGCUUUAGCUGACCGAUCACCCCAUUCCCGCGCGUCUCCCGUUAGUCCCGGCUCAGAGGCCUUCGGCGAAUGCACAUACAACCGCGCGAUCCUUGGUGCCCACCAGCUCGUCCGCGUAAACAAUCUCUUGGCUUGGCAACGAACCCCUUUUCGCCACUUCUGGCUUUGCAUGAGCCAAACAUACUCUGCCUGCACCGUCCUGUUGCACGAAGCAGCGCAGACCAUGUUGAUCCUCGUCUCUUACAGCUCGGCAAUCGAUGAUGCCCUCGAGCGUGCAUUCGCAUGUAUCCAGGCGCUUGGUGAAGCGCGCGAGUCGGAUCCGGGCCACGUAGCGGGAUGCUACGUCGAUUACGCGAAGCCGUUGCACGCAGAGCUUGUGCUGCUAUGGCGCGACAUCAAGCCUCCCACUAGAAAUGGUGGUGGUGCAGAACAGAGGGUGUUGGAUUUGGGAACGGUGGCAGCGCGAGUUGUCGAGCUGUUGAGGAAGCCGUUCGGACAUCCGGGCACGUUGGAAGAUGCAGAUGAAGAGGGCUCUAGCUGUGGCUUCAUGGCCUGUAAGGGCAAGCUGUGGACUUGA